UAUAUUUUUUCUAACAUUGUUGCAUGUUUAUCACAUAUGACAGUGGUAGUGCUGUCUGAUGCAUUCCAAAUACCUUCCUGUACCUGUUGUGUAAACACCACUAGGCUACCGUUGGUGAGCGUGGGGCCCGUCAGUGCUAGUCUAACCAAGUGAGCAGUUAAAAACACUCACAGUUCAUGUUCAACAUGCUUUCAAUAACCAACUCUGGGGUCCAAUCACGUUGGCCCCGUGCUCAGAGAAGCCAAUAAAAAUAAUGCGUUUACAUGUCCAGACAUUUAGUGAGUGCUGUAUAUGGUGUGGGUUUUGCUGCACAGCUAGCCAUAGUUCCUCAUCAGCUGUGGUAGCCCCCUAAUAGCAAGGUGAUCCAAUGGAAGUAAAAUUUGGCUCCUGCCAUUAGAGCAGAAAUUAGAGAUUAAAGGUUUGGGACACGCCAGCCAGAAGAUUUCAGCAUCAUUCAGUCUGAAUAGGACAAAAGCUGCUCCUUCAGUCCUGAGAAGCUCAAGAGAAGAACAUGGCUAACUGUAAGCACAGCUUAAAACACUCCGGAUCUCCUUGCCUGCACUUGCUCUGCUAUCGCCUUGGAUUCAUUCGUGGAUUGGCGACUUUGAGAGAAAAGGUUUCGCCACGUUUGCCCAGAUGAAAGAUCAUCCUGCACAAGGUCUUGUGCUUUUGAGCAGUGAGCAUCACGGUGAGUCAUUCUGCAUUAUUACAGGCAGUUAUUCCUGUAUUCCUGAAGGCCGGAAAGCCUGUGUCCCUGCGCUGACGUGUUGCCUUUGAUGUGUGUUUGCAGACCACAGCGGUUUUUACUGAUAGAUGACGCUGGAUCUGUAAGGAGAUGCUGUAUAACCAGGUUUUGAGAUCUAGCGUCAUUAUUAUAGUCCCCACUUCCAUUCCAGCUCCAUGCGGCAUUGAUUUUCUGAAUGAGAGAGAAAGCCCAGACUCACCUGGACCCAGCUAUGUGUCCAUGAAGAGUAACCGCUCAAUGAGCCCUCCACUACUCAUCAGCCAGGAGGACGGUUCUACUGAGCUGAGUCUGAAUCAGAGAGAAAGACCAGACUCACCUGGACCCAGGUAUGUGUCCAUGAAGAGUAACCGCUCAAUGAGCCCUCCACUACUCAUCAGCCAGGAGGACGGUUCUACUGAGCUGAGGCAUGCCAGAACUGCAUCAAAAGCAUUGUGGCAUCCUGCCACUGGCCAUGGUGCCACAGGAGCAAGGAAGGUGUGGCCAAGCAAAGUGGCCACCUCUUGGGAGGCGCUGUUAUCCCGAGACCAGAAAGAGACCAUGAGAAAUCUGGAGUUCAUAUUCCAGGAGCUGGAGCACAAAGUCAUCUCUCUGGUGAAGAAUCAGCUGAAGAGGUUUGUGAAGCUAAUGAGCCUGGAUUACCCAGCAUGCUCUGAGAGAGAGGAGGAAUAUGAGGAGGACCAGAGCAGUGUCACAGAGGGGGCGCUGAAGAUCACACUGCACGUCCUGAGGAGCAUGAACGAGACAGACCUUGCUAACACACUACAGACCAAACUGGCACCUUCUUGUCAUCAAAAGCUGAAAUGCACACUCAGGGAAAGGUUUCAGAAAAUUAAUGAAGGGAUCUCAAGUCCAGGAACCUCGCUACUUCUGAAUGAGAUCUACACAGAGCUGUACAUCACAGAGGGAGGCAGUGGAGAGGUCAAUAAUGAGCAUGAAGUCAGGCAGAUUGAGACAGCAUUCAGGAGACCAGCAACACAUGAGAAACCCAUCAAAUGCAACGACCUCUUUAAAGACAAAUCCAUCAGAACUGUGCUGACUAAAGGAGUCGCUGGGAUUGGGAAAACAGUCUCUGUGCAGAAGUUCAUUCUGGACUGGGCUGAAGGAAAAGCCAAUCAGGACAUCCUCUUCAUGUUUCCGCUUCCCUUAAGAGAGCUGAAUUUGAUGAAGGACAGAAAACUCAGUCUCGUGGAUCUUCUUCAUGACUUUUUCACACACACAAAGGAAUUGAAACCUAGAGAGUUUUUUCAUUAUAAUAUCAUGUUUAUCUUUGAUGGACUGGAUGAAUGUCGACUUCCUCUAGAUUUCCAGAACAAUGAGAGCUUAUCUGACGUAACAAAAUCAGCUUCAGUGGAUGUGCUGCUGACAAACCUCAUCAAGGGGAAUCUGCUUCCCUCUGCUCUCCUGUGGAUAACCACCCGACCAGCAGCAGCCAAUCAGAUCCCUCCUGACUGUGUUGACCAGGUAACAGAAGUACGAGGGUUCAGUGACCCUCAGAAAAACGAGUACUUCAGGAAGAGAAUCAGUGACCAGAAACUUGCUGAAAGAAUCAUUACACACGUUAAGUCCUCAAGAAGCCUCUACAUCAUGUGCCACAUCCCAGUCUUCUGCUGGAUUGCAGCCACUGUUCUAGAGAGGAUGUUGGGUGAAGCAAAGAGGGGAGAGACCCCCAAGACUCUGACUCAGAUGUUCACCCACUUCCUUGUGUUUCAAAUCAAACAUGGCAACAAAAAGUACCACCAAAAAAGCGAAAUUGAUCAUAAACGAACAAGAAAGAUGAUUCUGGCUCUGGGAAAACUGGCUUUCCAACAGCUGGAGAAAGGCAACCUGAUCUUCUAUGAGGAAGACCUGAGAGAGUGUGGCAUUGAUGUCAGAGAAGUGUCAGUGUACUCUGGAGUGUGUACCCAAAUUUUUAGACAAGAGUUUGGACUGCAACUCGGGAAGGUUUUCAGCUUUGUUCAUCUGAGCGUUCAGGAGUUUCUGGCUGCUUUAUACGCAUUUCUUUGUUUCCUCUCGAACAACAUAAAUGUGCUGCUACAGCCAGAAACUGGAGUUUUUGGUUUUUUCAAAAAGUCAACAAUGUCUGACUUCUUUAAGGGUGCAGUGGACAAAGCCUUACAGAGUGAGAAUGGACACCUGGACCUUUUCCUCCGCUUCCUUCUGGGCCUCUCACUGGAGUCCAAUCAGACUCUCUUACGAGGCCUACUGACCCAGACAGGAAGCAGCUCUCAGAGCAAAAAGGAAAUAGCUGAGCACAUCAAGAAGAAGAUCAGGGAGAAUCUCUCUCCAGAGAAAACGAUCAGUCUGUUCCACUGUCUGAAUGAACUGAAUGAUCACUCUCUAGUACAAGAAGUCCAAACAUUUCUGAACAGAGCAGGUUCCAGUGGUCUCAGUGGAGUUAAGCUCUCUCCUGUGCAGUGGUCAGCUGUGGCGUUUGUGAUGCUGAAUUCAGAAGAGGAGCUGGACGAGUUGGACCUGAGCAAAUUUGACCCAUCAGAGGAAUGUUUACUGAGGCUGCUGCCAAUAGCUAAAGCAUCCAGAAAAGUUGUGCUGUGUAACUGUAAUCUCACAGAAGAAAGCUGUGCAGCUCUGUCCUCAGCUCUCAGCUCAAACACCUGCAGUCUGAGAGAACUGAACCUGAGUAACAAUAAACUGCAGGAUUCAGGAGUGGAGCUGCUCUCUGCUGGACUGGAGAAUCCACACUGUAAGCUAGAGAAGCUAAAGCUGUGUGGGUGUAAUCUAACGGAGGAAAGCUGUGCAGCACUGUCCUCAGCUCUCAACUCGAACUCUUCCAGUCUGAGAGAACUGAACCUGAGUAACAAUAAGCUUCAGGAUUCAGGACUGGAGCUGCUCGCUGUUGUGUUUAAGGAUCCACACUGUAAACUGGAGAAACUGGAGCUGGGUAACUGUAAUCUCACAGAGGAAAGCUGUGGCACUCUGUCCUCAGCUCUCACCUCUAACUCCAGUCUGAGAUCACUGAACCUGAGUUACAAUAAACUGCAGGAUUCAGGAGUGAAGCUGCUCUCUGUUGGACUGGAGAAUCCACACUGUAAAAUGGAGAAACUGGAACUGUAUAACUGCAGUUUUACAGAAGAAGGAUGUGCUGCUCUGGUUUCAGCUCUGAAAUCAAACCUCUCCCACCUGAAAGAGCUGAACCUGAACUACAAUAAACCAGGAGAGUCAGGUGUGAAGCUGCUCUCUGACCUACUGAAAGAUUCACACUGUAAUCUGGAGAAGCUACAGCUGUGUAACUGUAAUCUCACAGAAGAAAGCUGUGCAGCUCUGUCCUCAGCUCUCAGCUCAAACUCCUCCAGUCUGAGAGAACUGAACCUGAGUAACAAUAAACUGCAGGAUUCAGGAGUGAAGCUGCUUUCUGCUGGACUGAAGAAUCCACACUGUAAACUGGAAAUACUGGAGCUGUGUCGGUGUGAUCUCACAGAAAAAAGCUGUGCAGCUCUGGCCUCCAUUCUGAGCUCAAACCUCUCCAGUCUGAAAGAACUGAACCUCAAUUAUAAUAAAUUGCAGGAUUCAGGAGUGGAGCUGCUCUCUUCUGGACUAGAAAAUCCACAAUGUAAACUGGAGAAACUGGAGCUGCGUAACUGUAAUCUUACAGAUGAAAGCUGUGCAGCUCUGUCCUCAGCCCUCAGCUCAUACCUCAGCAGUCUGAGAUCACUGGAACUGAGUAACAAUAAAUUGCAGGAUUCAGGAGUCGAGCUGCUCUCAAUUGGGCUGGAGAAUCUACACUGUAAACUGGAGAAACUGGAGCUGGAAUUAUGCAGCAUUACAGAGAAAGGCUUUGUUGCUCUGGCUUUCUCUCUCAAAUCAAACCACUCACACCUGAGAGAGCUGAACCUGAACUACAAUAAACCAGGAGAGUCAGGAGUGAAGCUGCUCUCUGAUCUACUGGAGGAUCCAGGCUGUAAACUUGAGAAGCUACAAACCUACACCUGACCUUCUAUGACCUCUACAUACACUGGGGGUUAUGAAGAGAUGAGGACAUCUUACAGAACAAACACAUGUAUGUGAUUCUCCAGCAGCAGCACAGGGCUAUAUGCUCUACCUCUGACAUCACAUCCUGUGUACCGGUGACUGCCUCCAGUGUCCAGUCCUUCACACCCCUCCUGUUUCAGGGUGAGCCCACAUGGUGAUUAGAGUGUGUUCAGGAGAAGAAGAGGCUGGUGUUUUUAUAUUAUGAAGACCAGUGUAAAUGUUGAUGGAUUUUAACGAGCUCAACACUGGACCCACAGGAGUGGAGCAGUCCUUCAAAAACUCUUGAUUUGAUUUUAUAUAAACUUUAAGGUAAUGCUUUAAUGAAGGGCAGCCUGCAUGCUUUCAUGACAACAAUCAUAAACCUACAUAAACAUUAAUAAAGGCUCCAAUAAGCA